AUGUCGAUUGAACCAAGUGACUGCAAGAAUUCGGGUCUCCGACUUUCCGGUAGGAUUCUCAACUGCGUAACUCAGUUGCCCAGUGAGAUUUACCGUACUAAAACAGGGGAAUGGGAGGUGAAGCACAUAAGGGGGUCUUCAGCCUUGUAUGCCAGUAAUAUGUUUCUUUCCAAGCAUACAAAGUGGGAAACACAUCUGAUUGGAUGGACAGGGGAGUUGUUUGAGGCAGAUGAGAUGGUCCCUAGAUCGAUUCCUGCGUCACAGAAGAUUGAGAAUGAUCCUUUGUAUCUCAGUGAAGAGGACAAGCGAGAUGUUACCGAGAAAAUAAGGACAAUGAACGGGAAUAAGAAUAUUCAUCCUAUUUGGUUACUUCGUAAGGACCAGGAUCGGUGGCGGCAGUAUGCAGAAAACGUGAUCUGGCCGCUCUUUCACUAUCUUUUGAACGAGCCAAGUGACGGUAGACAGGAGUCUCAGUGGUGGUAUGAUUACGUCAAGUUCAACGAGGCUUACGCUGCUAAAGUGAAACAGUUGUAUAAACCUGGUGAUAUUGUGUGGAUUCAUGAUUAUUAUUUGCUUUUACUCCCGCAAAUAUUGCGUAUGGAGCUUCCUGAGGCAUACAUCUGUCACUUUUUGCACGUUCCGUUUCCUUCUUCGGAGUAUUUCCGAUGUUUAUCCAAGCGUAAAAUCAUAUUGGAUGGUCUGUUGGGUGCCAAUCAGUUGGGAUUCCAGAGUUAUUCGUUUUCCAGACAUUUUCUCAGCUGUUGCACUCGAUUAUUGGGCUAUGAUGUUACUCCUACCUUUGUCUAUGUACAUUCUUCACAGGUUAGGGUCGACACUUUCCCGCUGGGUAUUGACGUCACCGCUUUGGAGAAGGACGUUUUUUCCAAGGAAGUCAAUGCCAAAGUCACUGCAUUGCAUGAAUUAACCGGUGGUAGGCAACUUAUCGUCGGUAGAGACCGACUAGACACGGUGCGUGGUGUGGAGCAGAAGUUGUUGGCUUUUGACCAGUUCCUCGAACUGUAUCCUGAAUGGAUAGGUCGUGUUGUUUUGAUUCAAGUUUCUUUCAUACCAUCAUAUCAUAGUAGCAGGCUGGUCAAGCGAGUUUCUGAACUGGUGGCACAUAUUAACGGCCGCUAUGGAACUUUAGAAUAUACUCCUGUGCUCCAUUACAAUAUGAGGGUUCCUAAGGCUGAAUAUUUGGCGUUGCUGCGUGCUGCUGAUCUUUGUUUGGUCACAUCCAUUAGAGAUGGCAUGAAUACUACCGCUUUAGAGUAUGUUGUUUGUCAAAGAACUCAAGGUCAUCCGUUGAUUCUUUCGGAGUUCUCGGGUGCUGCAUCGAUUCUUCCUGAUGCAAUCCAGAUCAAUCCAUGGGAUACAGUGGGCGUUUCAAGAGCGUUAAAUGAGUGUUUGUUGCUUUCUGCACCAACGAAACAGGCCACAGAAACUAAGCUAUACAAGUCUGUGGUUUCUCAUACCGUCCAGGAUUGGACUUGUAAGAUAUUAUCAUCACUUUUGGAGUUUCUCACUCCUUCGAAUGGUAGUGAUGGAAACCAACGAUUUUCUCGUAAUGGAAUCACACCUUAUUUAAAUAAGCCAAAACUUCUGAAGUGUUACGAGGUCGCUCAGAAAAGGUUAUUUCUAUUUGAUUACGAUGGAACCCUAACACCCAUUGUGAGAGAUCCUGCAGCAGCUAUUCCUUCUGCAAGAUUGCUGGGAUUGUUGAAGGAUUUGGUUGCUGAUAAGAGAAACGAGGUCUGGAUCAUUUCCGGAAGGGACGAGGCAUUUUUGGAGAAAUGGUUUGCGAGAGAGGUGCCAGAGUUGGGGCUUAGUGCAGAGCACGGAUGUUUUCUGAAGAAUCCGAAUACCCCAGAGUGGACUAAUCUAGCUGCAUCUGUGGAUAUGAACUGGCAGAAACGAGUCGAGGAAGUUUUCCAGUACUAUACCGAACGGACGUCCGGUUCUUUCAUAGAGAAAAAGAAAGUGGCACUCACGUGGCAUUACAGGAAAUCUGACCCUGAAUUGGGAGCAUAUCAAGGAGAACAAUGUCGUAAGCAGCUUGAAGAAGAGAUAUGUUCACAGUAUGACGUUGAAGUGAUGCCUGGUAAGGCUAAUGUUGAAGUCAGGCCUCGUUUUGUCAAUAAGGGAGAGAUGGUGAGACGAAUAGUGUUAUGCUCAGACCCUGUGAAACAGGUAGUGCGUAAGCAUGGUGAACGUCCAGACUUUGUUCUUUGUUUGGGCGAUGAUACGACGGAUGAAGACAUGUUUAAGACUUUGAACAGCAUUGAGAAGCACUGGCAGAUGCAAGGAGUGACUAAAAACGCGACUGGCGACGACUAUGGGUUGUUCCCUGUCACAGUGGGACCUGCCAACAAGCAGACUGUUGCAAAAGCAUACCUCAGUGACCCUCAACAGGUUCUGGAUACCAUUGGCUUACUACUUGGUCAGGUCUCGUUGUUCGAUACUGCCGGAUCGGUCGACUUGGAUGAUCGUGGUCACUUGAAGAACUCGGAGAGCGCUUUGAAGAGUGCUCAGAACCGAAAGGAGUACCAGAAGAAGGCUGCAAAGAAGUAG